AUGCCAGAGGGCGUCUCAGCACGAAUUCCGACCCCCACAGGUAUUCCGCAAGGCUCGCCGUUAUCUCCAAUUCUCUAUCUUAUCUACAACGCGGACUUGCUCGAAGACAGCCAGACACGGAGUGGAGACCUCUCUACAAUGGGAUGGGUCGACGACGUGGGCUUCAUGGCAACCGGAAAGACAGAAAAACAGACGAUUUCCAAGCUCGAAAAAGCGUGUGAAAAAGCAGGAAUUUGGGCCAGCCGACAUGCGUCAGUUUUCGACCCGAAAAAGUACAAUUUAAUCCAUUUUGUGCCGCCAGGACGGAGGCAGGAAGGUCGCCUACUUCUCGUCAAAGGUCAAGACGGGCUCACCUCAAUCAUUGCACCUGAGCAUGCAGCAGCGAAAUACCUCGGCUUCUGGCUUGAUCCGCAACUCACAUUCACACACCAUCAUGACAAGGCAAUCAUCAAAGGCAGCACGUCUCUACAAGCUCUACGGAGCCUUGCUGGCUCCACGUGGGGUGCGUCUACGUCAGCAAUGCGGCGGAUAUAUCAGGCAGUCGUGGUGCCGCAGCUGCUCUAUGGGGUGUCAGCGUGGUAUCCAUGGCACGAGAAAGGGAAGUGUAAGCAUAUCAGCAGCAAAUUCGCCGCAAUCCAGAAGCGUGCGGCAUGCCUCAUCGGUGGAGCAUUCAAGACAAGCUCCGCAGAAGCACUCAAUAUUGAGCUUCACCUUCCGCCAAUCGGUAUUCAGAUGGAGCGCAUCUCCGCGGAGACAGCCCUCAGAAUUCGAACAGGUCCAGCACAUGGAAUUCCACAGCUCAUGAUCCGUCAGCGCCCGCAGCAGCAGCGUCAGCGAGGUGGAUGGUCGCCGAUGGAGCCACAUGCGUGGAUGAAGGGCGGAUGCUUAACGGCUCCCCCGGGAGCUGUGGCAGGCGCAUGGGAGAGUCGGUGGGCAUACGUCCGGGCACCAUGGCAUACACCUCCAGAGGUGGCUAUCCAGGGGCGUGACGAGGCAAUCAAGACACAUACUGAAAUAAGCAAGAAAGGUGAGAAAUUGAUCAUAUACACGGAUGGAAGCGGAAUUGAAGGGAGGAUUGGUGCUGCGGCGGUCGUCAGCGCCACACAUGAGCACCGCCAUUGCCAGAUGGGUACGGAACAGGACUCAACUGUCUAUUCCGCGGAGCUCAGGGCAAUGGAGAUGGCGCUCGAAAUGGUGCAGGAGCUCCAAGACGACCGCAUGCAGCAAGGCGUGGUGGUAUUUUCUGACAGCCAGGCUGCCCUCCAAGCGCUCGUCCGACCGCGUAUGCCGUCUGGCCAGGUGUAUCUCCGCGGCUGCGUCAGGAGCCUUCAAGAUCUCAACAACCAAGGUAUCCACGUCGAAUUCCGGUGGAUUCCAGCUCAUCAAGGAAUUCCGGGCAACGAGCUCGUUGACGAGCACGCCAAGCAGGCAGCCAAGGCAGAAUCAGGCCCGCAUGACCGCCAUAUCAAGCUCGCCGCUGCAGCAAAGCGGGGCAUUCGCGACCGGGCGAAAUUCGCGUGGGAGGCAGCGUGGGAGAGGGAGAAGGUAGGAAUUGCGACGAAGCGGCUCAUUCCGGUGCCGACGAAGAAGGUGCUCGACUACUGGAAAGGUCAAAGGAAAGCGUCGGCGUCCAUCAUGCUCCAAAUGAGGCUCAACAUCAUCGGAUUGAAGCGUUACCUCUGGCGAAUUGGAGUCGAAGACUCGCCUAGGUGCACAUGCGACCUCGGACAGCAGCAGCCAAGGCACGUGCUGCUGGAGUGCCCUAUUUUCGAGGAUGAACGAAGGGAAAUGCGGGAUAAGCUUGCCAAGGCAAGCGUUGACGCAUAUCUCUCAUUCACCCAGCUCAUGACUGAGAAAAACGCGGUUCCGGCAAUCUCCGCAUUCAUGGAGAGGACCCGUCUGCUCGGGCAAUUCCAUAACGUCGACCAAGACGCUAUGGGAUUUGAGCCUGAUCCAGAGCAGCCAGAGCAGCCAGAGCAGCCAGAACAGCAAGAACAACCAGUACGAUAUCAAUCAGGGCAGUGUGGUGGUGGUAGAUGA